AUGAAAGAAGUUAAAUUAGUGAUAGAUCUAGAGGGAAUAUUAAAAGCCUACAGUACCAUUGACAGCGAAUAUGAUAUGAAAGAGCUUUUUAGAUCCCAUGAUGAUUUAUGCUAUAUCACUAUACUAAGACAUGUACUAGAUAAAAACAUAAAAAUAGAAAGCGAGCUGUAUAGCGAUGAAGAGAAAAAAUUCUUGGAAAAUGCAAUUAAGAACCGUAUGUAUGAAUACUUUAUGUUCAAUGACAGUAAAGACGAUGAUGCGACUAUGCAUAUUUUGCAAAGGAGUUUAAGUCAUAGCAGAAAUAAUCCGCAAUAUAACAAUAAGCCUACUCGCCUGCUUGAUGAUCUUAUGGAACCAAAUAUAUUUAUAUACAAUGCAGAACAAGGAAUAAAUAUGCAGUAUGACAUGAGCAAAGCAGUAGAGCGUCUAGAGAUAGAUGAUGUGAACGCAAGCUUGGGAACCCGAGAAUACACGCUAAAGAUUGAUGACACAAAGUUCACGAACUUAGAAAGCUUGUACCGGUCUACCUCCAUGCGCCUGAGCAGAGAGUUUUUCUGCUCUUCAGAAAAUUUACGUGAUUUAGUAGAUAUGAAUGUUUUAAAGAAAUACUUUCCAGAAGAAGAAGACUACUCUCUAUACAAGCUGUACAACACUAAACAUGAAAAAACUAAUUUACCACUAGUAGACUAUGGACUAUGCCUUAUUUUCGAAAAAUUGAGUGAAAUUAGAGCUUUAGUUAAAGAAAUCAAAGCAGCAGAGGCCGCCUCUGACAAAAAUGCUCUGAAUGAAAUUAAUGCUAAAAUCAGAAAAUCAUUCAGCCCUGGUGACUUGGGAAUAGCUGUUUCUGUUUACAACAAUAUUGAAUACAUUACGUGUGAGAAAGAAAUCCACAAUUCCUCUAUUAAAGCAUUGGAGUAUAUGAUAAAUAGCGAGAAAGUCUUAGAAGAAAAGGACGGACAAAAGAUACUGAAGCUAAGCACAGACUUAAGAACUUUCUAUAAG